UUCUCUCUAUCCAUCUAUAUUUCAUGAAUUCAUUCUUGGAAUCAUUUUUCAAACUAAUCCGAUGAAUUUUACAGACAUGACAUCAGUUGAGGAUGUGAUAACUCUUAAUGUGGGUGGCACAAUGUAUACAACCACUCGGAGCACGUUGAGUAAAGAAACCGACACAUUACUAGCAAAUAUUGCGUCCGGCUCUUUAUCAGAAGAUGAGCAAGCUAACGUUGUCACACUGCCAGAUGGAACCCUAUUCGUUGAUCGAGACGGACCACUAUUCGCCUAUGUGCUGCACUUUUUACGAACCGACAAACUAUCCCUUCCAGAGCAGUUUCGUGAAGUUGCUCGACUGAAAGAUGAAGCAGACUUUUAUCGCCUCGAACGAUUCUCAACACUUCUAUCCAACGCCUCAUCAAUUUCUCCUCGUCCGCGCACUGCGAAUGGGUAUAACACCAUUACGUCUGGUGCCGAGACGGGCGGCUACAUUACCCUUGGCUACCGGGGCACAUUUGCCUUCGGACGAGACGGACAAGCCGAUGUGAAAUUCCGAAAACUGCACAGAAUUCUAGUGUGUGGACGAGCGACACUGUGCCGGGAAGUGUUCGCAGAUACACUGAACGAGAGUCGUGAUCCGGGCGGUCCUGAUGAUGGCGAGCGAUACACGUCGCGAUUGUACUUGAAGCAUCAGUGUCUAGAGAGGGCGUGCGAUUUGAUGGCCGAGAAGGGUUUUAAACUCGUUGCCACAUGCUGUUCCGGAGCAAACGGGCUCGCCGCCGCAAAUCAUCCAAUUCUCACAAGCAAUAUGGGCAACAUUAAUCAGACGGAGCUCAUGAAUCACAGAAACUGCGGGGACUAUGAAGAGCAACGUUGGGCACACUACACCGAAUAUGUGUUUUUCCGUGAACCACAAUCCGGAUACAUUACUCCAACUUCACGAGAAUUGUAAUUUGUCUACAGUUCUUGCAAUUUUUUUUCCUGCUAUUUAUAUUCCUAUUUAAUUUUUUUUUUCAAUUUCCAAAAAAACCCUCCUUUUUAAACUUUUCUCUAAACUUUCCCUGUGGCUUUUUUUCUAUUUUUUUCAAAUCUUUUGUCAAAUGUGUCAUAGUGAUAAACUUAGCCGACACUUCAAAAU